UUUUCUUCGAAAAAAUUCAGACAAGAUUUUUGCAGCGAAAGAAAAAGAAGAAAGUGAAAAUGCAGUCAAUCAAGGAAGCCGCGGCCAAUGUUUCUGCCUCAGCCAAUUCUGGUAUGGAGAAGACCAAGGCCACCAUGCAGGAGAAGAUGGAGCAGGUGAAGGCACAUGACCCGAUCCAAAAGGACAUGGCAACUCAAAAGAAAGAAGCGCGGAUUGCCGAGGCUGAGCAGCAGAAGCGUGAGGCGAUGGAUCACAACGCUGCCGCUAAACAUGGAGCUACCCCGACUGGAUCCACCGGUUACGGAUCAGGACCGACGAACUACAGCACCGGCGGAGCAGGAACAGCCACAUAUUCAACCACCGGAGCUACUGGGCACCACACCGGGCUCAAUCAGAUGUCGGCACUGCCUGGACAUGGGACCGGGGCGCCGACUGGCCAGGUGGUGGAGGGUGUUGCCAAUGCGCAUCCUAUCGGAACAAACACCGGCACGGGGAGGACUACGGCACAUAACCCCCAUGUGGGUGGUAAUGCCCCUGGGUCGUAUGGGACUGGCGGGACAUCUAGUUAGAUGGACGGAACCUGCACGGCAUGGAUCAAGUCAUGGACGCUAGCUAACCUGUUUUUAAGGGUUAAUAUGCAUGUCGUGUGUGCCUGUGUGAUUUCUUUUGUUUCUGUUUUUGGCUUUUGAACAAAUGGUUUGGUACGUGCAGGUCAUGUAUGUUGUUGUAUUCGCAAGUUCAAGUGAAUAAGAUUGAUACUUACAUACUAACAGGCUUUCUUUUGUAUUAUUAGUUGAUCUACGUAGGUGAUAAUCUAUGUUUGGGGUAAAAUUCAAACAAUAAUUUGGCUCCUUGAGCCUAUAUAAAUUGUACACGCGUACGGAUAGAACACAAGUUCAUUUAUAAUGAACCAUACUAGAACCAGAUGCAACCGCACGUUUGAUUCUCUUAAAUUUUGAUAUUGUUCUAAUAUA